AGCCAGAGGCGGAAGUGUCGCGCUGGUCUGGCGGAAGACAGCUUUCUGAAACUAGCCGAAGAGUUUGGAAACGGAGGAGGAGGAUGGAACGGUGGGGAGGCACAGGUUCAGAUGCUGGCAGGAGGACAGUCCAUUUACUAUGAAGAAAAGGUUUUAAGCUUCUGUUCAAGAACUCUCUUUGCUGAACAUUGUGUGUUUGGCUCACGAUGCAUGGAGAAGACUGACCCAAUAUGUCAGCCACGGCUGUCAAUGGCUCUGUCAAUGUGUCACUUGACGGAGAAUCUUUCCACACAGUGGAUACAUUUCUUGCAUUGGAUUCUGCUAGCAGCACUAAGUUAACAAUAAAGGAGGAGAGGUCAGAGUCUCAAGGAAGUUCUAUACUACCUACUGAAAAUGAAAUCCUCGGAACGGAUGGGGAAGGCUCCUCCCACAGCACAGCAGAGGAGCCAGAACGUAAAAGGAAGAAGGGUCCUGCACCAAAGAUGCUGGGUAAUGAAGUCUGCAGUGUGUGUGGAGAUAAGGCCUCAGGCUUCCACUACAAUGUGCUAAGCUGUGAGGGCUGUAAAGGCUUUUUCAGGCGUAGUGUAAUAAAGAAUGCCAGAUACACUUGCAAGAACAAUGGCAAGUGUCAGAUGGACAUGUAUAUGCGCCGAAAGUGCCAGGAGUGCAGGCUCCGGAAGUGCAGAGAGGCCGGCAUGCGGGAGCAAUGUGUUCUGUCAGAAGAGCAGAUUCGUAGCAAAAAGAUCAAGAAGCAGCAGCAGGAGGAUGAUGUUGUUCGUUCAUCUGCAUCUCUGGGUCCCCCCAGCCCCUCUAUGCUGACCCAGGAUAUUGUCCAUCUCACACCUCAGCAAGAAGAAAUGAUACAGCAACUAGUAUCUGCCCAGCAACAGUGCAACAAAAGGUCGUUCAGUGAUCAGCCUAAAGUAACGCCAUGGCCCCUCGCCAAUGACCCGAACAGCAGAGAAGCUCGCCAACAACGCUUUGCUCACUUUACUGAGCUAGCCAUCAUCUCUGUGCAGGAGAUUGUGGAUUUUGCCAAACAAGUCCCUGGGUUUUUGGAAUUGUCUCGAGAAGAUCAAAUAGCACUUCUGAAGGCAUCAACCAUAGAGAUAAUGCUGCUGGAAACAGCGAGGCGUUACAAUCAUGAGACUGAAUGUAUAACUUUUCUGAAGGACUUCACAUACAGUAAGGAUGACUUCCAUCGAGCAGGACUACAGGUGGAGUUUAUAAACCCCAUCUUUGAGUUCUCACGUGGAAUGAGGCAGAUGCAGUUGGAUGAUGCAGAGUACGCCUUGCUUAUAGCAAUCAACAUCUUUUCUGCUGACAGACCAAAUGUGCAGAAUCACCAGCUUGUAGAGAACCUCCAGCUACCGUAUGUGGAAGCUCUGCACUCUUACACUCGUAUCAAGAGACCUCAGGAUCACCUGAUGUUUCCUCGUAUGUUAAUGAAGCUGGUCAGCCUGCGAACUUUAAGCAGUGUGCACUCAGAACAGGUGUUUGCUCUGCGCUUACAGGACAAAAAACUGCCACCAUUACUGUCUGAAAUUUGGGAUGUCCAUGAAUAGCGGACACUGGCGAGAAUGGCUAGCGGCACAUUACUCCGUUUUGCUCUCCUAUAUGUUCAGCACUGACUCGAGUUCCAUUUAUAGACUUGACAUCAGACACGUAUGUGGAGAUCGUGAGGACCCUGCCCGGGGCCACACAGGAGGACUAAGCAUAACCUGAAAAAGGGUUUUCUUUCCCUGGAUGUCCCUACUUAGGCAGAGACAUGGGGAAAACAACAACAGCUUUACAUGAGUUCUGCAUAGUAGGCCUGCAUUGGUCUAAGGGAUAGAUGUCACGUUU